AUGAAGGCAAGCAACAAACAAACCCUGCAACGAGUCUGUCUCUGGCUCGGAGCUUUGUUCAUAUUAUGGCACGCGAUAUCGUUCCUCUUCUCAGGCAGAUCGCCAAAACCUAACCAGUCAAAGCUCGAGGAGUCCGCAAACUUGGUCAAGACUCCUGGAGAUAUGCAACGAGCAGCAGCAAUUGUCGACGCUUUUCGCUUCUCGUGGGACAAAUACGAAAAGUAUGCAGCGCCUCAUGAUACGCUGUUGCCAGUCAGCAAGACUUAUGAAGAUGAUCGAAAUGGUUGGGGUGCAACAGCUGUGGAUGGUCUAAGCACAGCCAUACUCAUGGAAGAGGCUGUCAUUGUGAAUAAGAUCCUGGAACAGAUCGCGGCGACUGACUUUACUGCUACUGCGGUCCCUAACCAGCCCAUCUCGCUGUUUGAAACUACAAUUCGCUACCUUGGAGGGCUAUUGUCGGCAUACGAUCUGCUCUCGAGCUCCCACAAGCAUCUUGUCAAAGAUUCCCAUCACAUAAAGACACUAUUGGAAGUAGCUGUGACUCUUGCAGACAGGCUCAGUAUUGCCUUUGACACACCCAGUGGUAUUCCUGAUGACGAAGUCAUCUUCAACCCGACACCUCGCCGAUAUGGCAACACGGACAACUCCAUCACCGCAUUCGGCACGCUCGUUCUUGAAUGGACUCGACUAAGUGACCUCACGGGUAACAAAACAUAUGCUUCUCUUGCCCAGCGAGCUCAAGAUCAUUUGAUCCACCCCAAGACCAACGAACCUUCUACGCUUCCUGGUCUCAUCGGCACGUACGUCAAACUCAAAGAUGGUUGGUUUGGUGACUAUCAGGCCGGCUGGGGCGGUGGCUCUGAUAGCUAUUAUGAGUACCUCAUUAAGAUGUACGCGUAUGAUCCUGUUCAGUUCGCCGAGUAUGGUGAUAGCUGGAUUCAGGCCGCUGAGUCGUCAAUGAAGUAUUUGGCUUCAUCACCAUCCACACGUCCCGAUUUGACGUUUCUGGGAGAAAUGCGCGGAAGCAUCCUUAUUCCUAUGUCGAGUCACUCAACAGUGGCCAGUGUUUGCGGUGGUUCUUUGAUCCUAGGCGGCCUCCUUCUCCAGAACCAAACCUUUGUUGACUUUGGUCUCAAACUAUCUGAGUCGUACUUUGAAACCUACCGUCGAACUCCUGCUGGCAUAGCCCCCGAAACCUUUCGUUGGAUGGACAACGGCAACAACCCUUUAACCCAGGACAACGCCAAUCGCUCGCCUCCCCGAAAAUGGCAAUCCUUUUAUGAGAAGAGCGGCUUUUUCCACACCAAUCCCGAGUACAUUCUCCGUCCUGAGACAAUAGAAAGCUUGUACUAUGCCUAUCGAGCUACUGGAGACAAGAGAUGGCAGGACAUGGCGUGGGAGGCCUUCGCGUCGCUGAAUAAGAUGAGCAAGGUUGAGGGUGGAUACACAGGAUUGAGAAGUGUGAUGAAGAGUGCAGACGACAAGACCAGGGGUUUCGUGGAUAAGAUGGAGAGCUUUUGGCUGGCAGAGACGUUGAAGUAUUUGUACUUGAUGUUUGCUGAAGACUCGGAAACCCAGGUGAGAAGCGAUGGCAAGAUGCGAUGGGUGCUAAACACAGAGGCACAUCCGCUGUUAGUAAGGGGUCAAUAG